UAGCUAAAGCUCAACACAUUCUAAUCUUGAAUCAAAAACAUAAUCCGAAAAUUUUGUUCUUACUCUUUUCUAAUGUUACAAAGUUCAAUAUUUUACCAAAAGCCCAUUUUUUUUGGUUCCUUACAAUUUUCAUUCUCUUAGAAAAUUAUUAGCAUGAAAUCUUACCUAACAAAGAAUUGUUACUUUUUGUAUGCAAAAAAUUUAUGUUAAUUUGAAUAUAAGUCACAUUGUAAGUGAUAAUGAAUGUGAAUGAAUUUUCACCACCCUUGUUUUAGAUAAAAACAAGAAUUAUGGAACAAUUUAGACAGAUUGGUGAGGCACUUGGAAGUUUGAAGGCUGUGAUGGUUUUCAGAGAAAACAUUCAAAUCAAUCAAAGACAAUGUUGCCUUCUGUUAGAUGUAUUCAACUUUGCAUAUGAAUCUAUUGCUGAUGAGAUCACACAGAAUCUAAAAUUUGAAGAGAAAAAUGGAAAGUGGAAGGUUCUUGAACAGCCCUUAAGAGAGAUUUACAAGAUUUUCAAAGAAGGAGAGGUUUACAUUAGGCAUUGUUUGGAAAUAAAAGAUUGGUGGGCUAAAGCCAUUACCUUGUGUCACAAUACAGAUUGUGUUGAGUUUUACAUACACAAUUUGCUUUGUAGCAUGCCUAUUGUGAUUGAAGCUAUUGAAUCGGCUGCUGAAACAUCAGGUUGGGAUCAAGAUGAGAUGCAAAGGAAGAGACUUAUUAACUCGAAUAAGUAUCGAAAAGAGUAUAGAGACAUGAAACUUUUCAAGUGGAAAUUCGGGAAGCAGUAUCUUAUUACUCAGGAUUUGUGCAACCGAUAUGAUACGGUUUGGAAGGAGGAUAGAUGGUUUCUUUUCAAUAAAAUCCAUGAAAAGAAAGUGUCAGGUGCUACAAAGUACGAGAAGAAAUUAGUCGAUUUACUUUUGAGGAAUUUAGAAGUAUCCGAAUCGUUGGAAGCGAAGCUAUUGCCGAGUUCCAUAUUGGUUGGGUCUAAGGAUUAUCAAGUGAGGAGAAGAAUGGGGAAUGGAAGUCAGUAUAAGGAGAUUCUAUGGUUAGGUGAAAGCUUUGUUAUAAGACAUUUUUCGGGAGAUAUCGAUGCUUUGGAACCUGAGAUCAAAGAACUUUUGUCGCUUUCACACCCGAAUAUAAUGGACUGUCUUUGUGGUUUUACUGAUGAGGAGAGGAAAGAAUGUUUUCUGUUGAUGGAACUUAUGAGCAAAACUCUUAGCACUCACAUCAAAGAGAUUCAUGGUCCAAGGAAGCGAAUACCGUUUUUGCUUCACGUGGCGAUUGAUCUUAUGCUUCAGAUUGCAAGAGGAAUGGAAUAUCUUCAUUUAAAGAAAGUGUAUCAUGGUGAACUAAACCCUUCAAACAUUCUUGUUAAGCCUAGAAGUACUUCUCCAGAAGGUUACUUGCAUGCCAAGGUAUCUGGUUUUGGCUUAUCUUCUGUCAAGGACUUGAACCAGAAAGGGAAUGCAAAUCAAAAUGGAACUCUCUCAUUCAUUUGGUACUCACCAGAGGUACUUGAAGAGCAAGAACAAUCGGGGGGUUCGUCGAUCUCCAAGUACACGGAGAAAUCUGAUAUGUAUAGUUUUGGAAUGGUUUGCUUUGAGCUUCUAACUGGGAAAGUUCCUUUUGAAGAUAGCCAUCUUCAAGGAGAGAAAAUGAGCAGAAACAUAAGAGCAGGUGAGAGGCCACUUUUUCCACUCAAUUCGCCGAAAUAUCUUAUCAACUUGACAAAGAAAUGUUGGCAUACUGAUCCGAAUCAACGUCCAAAUUUCUCGUCCAUAUGUAGAGUUCUUCGUUAUAUAAAAAGAUUUCUCGCGUUGAAUCCUGGUUACAAUAAAGAGCCAGAUCCACCAAUGCCACCUGUGGAUUACUGUGAUAUAGAGUCAGCAAUUUUGAGGAAGUUUCCUUCAUGGGGAAGUUCUGAAUCAUCGCCAAUAUCGAAUAUUCCUUUUCAAAUGUUUUCCUAUCGAGUUGUCGAGCGAGAAAAAAUAAGUACGUGCUGUAAGGAUAACUCGGAAUCUGGAAGUGAUGUUUCAGCCUGUGGCGACGAUCUUGUUACUUCUGGGGAUGAGCCCUUUCCAUCAGUAACAGAAAAGAAAUCUUCAGUUGGAGCUGAUAUUAUAAACAACAGGAGGCUUACACUGACCAGAAAAUCUCUAGAUUUGAGGAUGAAACAAUCAGGUACACCGAAAGGAAAAAUAGAUAGACCUCCACAAAUAUCACCUCGAUUACGAAGUCUGAGGAUUAAUUCAGAGAAAAAUCUGAUAUCAAGUCCGAGGAUAAUAAGAAGAGCAUCUUCUGGUCAUGUCUCAGACUCUGAGCUAUCUUAGAUCACAGCAUAUUCAUCAUCAGAUAGCUUCACCAAUUAUAAAACUCAAACUCUUCUUAUUUGCAAAUUUCAAGGAAGGACUCACAUAAAUAUUAACUUCAGUUAAUAUUAAUGAAUCCUUGAUAUAAGUAGUUUGUGAAUAAGGAUAGGAACAGAAAAAAGUUCUGUGACUGACUCCUUGUAUUUAUGCCACAGCAAGAGUCUCUUCAAUGCAUGAAAAUUGAAAAAAGUAUUCUUCCACCAUUUUCUUUUCCUUUCUGAUUAGGUGGAAAUAUAACCUGAAGAUUUCAACACUAUGGUGCUGGCUAGAAAACUCUUUCAAACAUAACAGAAAACUAAAAUGAAAAAUAGAAAAAGGUUCAACCGUCCUACCUUAGAUUGUGUUCUUUGACAGUCUUGAACAAAGAUAUUAUUUUUCAGGUAAGGGAGCCAAAAAGGGUCAUAGGGUAGGGAUAUAGAGUAGGUAGCCAAUAAACAUGCAACACAACUUUUGCACAAUUUUAUAUGAUGGUGUGUGUAUAAUUGACAUUUUAACCAUGAUAUCAAUAAUAGUUAGUUUUAGCACAUAAUGCAAAGC